AUGGCCAACGAGGGCGUUCAAAAUUCCAUCGCCGACGUUCUUCCCACCAUGGAUUAUCUCCUACACCACAUCGAGGCCGCCAGGGAGGCCACCACCAUCCCCCACUUGGCUAUGAUGAUGGAGACUGAUUGGGCCAAACUGGCCGACUACUAUGAACUGACAGAAGACUCUCCAGUCUAUUCAGCAGCCACAGUCUUAAACCCUUCUUUCAAGUGGGCAUACAUGGAGAAGACUUGGGAAGACAAGACGGAAUGGAUUGAGAAAGCUAAAUCUCAGGUCUACUGGAAAUAUUUGAGUAUAAAUGAGGCCGAAGAGACAGCGCUCGACAAAGAUAUAGCACUCAACGAAGAGAUAGCGCACGAUGCCGGGACGAUAUCCGACGAAGAGAUUAUACUUCAAGAAAAACGGGAUGACUUUAAGGCGCGCAAAUUUUUUAGCUAUGCGGUUGAAGAAUGGAAGGAUCACGCAUUGGCAGCCUAUCCUGCUUGGAUGGACCGACCUGGUAUGGAGAAGAGUAUACUCGAUAAAUCGCCAAAACUGCGUGAUUCUUGGGUAUUAUUAGCAGCUGGAGCAGGCCAAGAUGCAGCGGUAGAACAACUUCUAGAUAGAGGAGCCUCUAUCGAGACGGUGUAUACAAAGGUUUGGACCAACCCAAUAUGGGCUGCCGGUGAACACGGGCAUGCAAAUGCAAGAUACUGCUUAAUAGAGGAGCUGAAGAAUGGGCACGAGAAAGUCGUUGAGCUACUUCUUAGGAACGAAGCAAUUGCUAAGCUGGCACUUGAUAAAGGAGCCGAUGUCAAUCAUAAGUAUGACAUUGGCUGGACGCCGCUAUCAACGGCUAGAUUUUAUAAAAAGAGAGAUUUUGCCAGGCUACUACUUGAUUACGGAGCUGACGCCAGUCCGGAGGAUCGAGAAUGGCUAGAUGCUGAUGAAAGCAGCGAUUAA